AUGUUCCGCUUUCACAAGACCAAGGACAUAAUCACCGUCUUCCACAAGGCGAGCUCUCCGGCUUCCGUGAGGGUGGCCAACCUCCUCAAGCAGGUCUCGGCCAACGCCUCCGAGCCCGCCACCGAGGACCAGGCCAGUGACCACACCCCGCAGACCGACCCUAAGCGCCAGGAGUUCGACCUCGAGAUCACCGAGUCCGCCCCCACCCCCGACCAGCUCAAGUCCAUCCUCGAAUACGUCGGCACCGGCAAGAUCAGCUCCGUCAUUUCCGGCGCCAGCUCGGAAAAGGACGCCCUGAGGAAGUUCAAGGAGAGCAACGACAACUUCAAGCGCCCCGUGGUUGUCGACUGGAACAAUGGCAAAGCCGUUGCCAGCGAGAGCGACUCUGAGAUUUUGAAGAUGCUCAAGGAUCUCAAGAAGGAAUAA